AUGCUUCGGAUAAUUGUGCUAGUGGUGGCCAUGCCGCUUCAUUGCCAGACAACAGACGUUGCGGCAAAUGUCACGGUGAUCGACGACAUUAGAAAUGCCUUCAGAGGCAUCACCAACAACUCCGAACUGGUUGAUCACAUAAUUCCGGAAAUGUACGCCGCCAGUAUGCGGAGUGCGAAUCCUUUGUUUGUCUUCAAAAUGCCCACCCAGUCGGAUGGUGGAGCUAAGUAUGAGCUUCUAACAAUGCAGCGAUCCGACUUUGCAGAACCAAUCUUUCCCAAUGUCACCGAAUCUGGACCAGUUGCUCCAGAGACGAGUGUCAAGACCAGCCUGGUGCCCACGCCACAGAUCCAGUGGCAGCAACUCGGCUUGGACGGAUGGGUGGGGGAGCUGAAGCCGCCGGCUCCUUGGCUGGAGGAGAGCCACAAGGACACUUACUCCGGCAUCAGCUGGCAGAACUCGUAUCCCCGCGACGAGAUACUCCUGGACCUUAAGAAUCAGCACUUUGAUGGCCGGGUCACGGAUAUUCGGGUCCUGACCAGUACGACGGGCAAGCCGGCGGAGAUGGAGGACCUCAGAAAUGGCCAGAACGUGUAUAUAGCCCGGGUGAACGACCCCUUUGGCUACUCCAUGAAGUGGAGCUUCAGCAACGCCACCAAGAACGGAACAAAGCCUCAGGUGGAAGGCGAUCGUGGCAAGAGGGAUGUGGCCAGACUCUACUCGAUGAUCAAGUGCUCCACGGGCUGUGAUCCGCUCAUCUACAAGGGAUACGGCUGCUAUUGCGGAUUCGGAGGACAUGGGGUGCCCGCCGAUGGCAUUGACCGUUGCUGCCGCCUUCACGACAAGUGCUACGGUGAGAGCAACUGCAUCUCGUACCUGGAGUACUUUGUGCCCUACAUCUGGAAGUGCUAUCGGGGGAAGCCGUUGUGCGCCGUGGACCAUGGCGAGUUCGGAGGUCCCGACUCCUGCGCAGCACGACUCUGCCAGUGCGACCUGCGUCUCUCCAGAUGCCUGAAGAAGUACUACUGCCCCCGCAGAAGAUCCAUAUGCCACUCCUCCAGAUCUCGCCGGCUACAAAAUCUCAUAUUCUUCGAUUGA